AUGGCGAAACUAAGUGAAGAACUUAAGCGGGAAAUGAAACUAGGUUUUAAAGAAAUACAAGACACACUCGAGCGCGACUACCGCAGGGAAAUGCGUGAAAUGAAAUCCGCCAUGGAGCAUAUGAGUAAUGUCUUCGAUGAUAUGAACGGAAAGUUCACGGCACUGCUCGAUGAGCAAAAGAAAUUAAAAUCCGAAAACGAAGCACUUCAGAAGGGAAAUAACGAACUAAAGGCGUCCCUGAAGGCAGCAGAAAAAAGGGUUACUGAAUGUGAACAGUACAUGAGAAACAGGAACAUUGAGAUUAAAGGUGUGCCUUUGAAUGAGCAACAGGACGUGGGAGCUAUGAUCUCCAGUCUUUGGAGCGCGAUUGGUGAGCCUUCGUUAGCGCAACGUGUUGAUAUCAUGCACUCCGUGCCUAUUCCCAAUUCUGACACAAUGAACAUUAUUCUUCAGUUUAAGGAUAGACAAACACGCGACUUUACACUCACCAAAUGCAAAGGGAAACGUCUAUCUACCUUAGACCUUGGCUUAACAACAAAAACCCCAGUUUUUGUGAACGAGCACCUAUGCCCUACACUUAAGCGUACUCUUGGCGUCGCAAUUUCAACAAAGAAGGAGUCCAAACUGGCAUUCGCCUGGGUUAAAAAUGGCAAAGUCUAUGUUCGUAAGUCAGAGGGUGAACCUUCUGUAUAUGUCUGCCAUCCCGACGAUGUUAUCAAGGUAUCUGGAUAG